AUCGCGUCGCGCCCGGUAUUUAAUCCGGAGAGGCCCUCCAUCUGCUCUUACCCCGUUGGUUUCUCUGCAGAGUCCGCUCACCGCUUGCUGUGUUGUGCACCGGGAGCAGGGCCUCCCCUUCGCCAGAGAGUCUGUCGGGGCCGGGCGCCAGCGCACAGUCGUGGCAAGCGAAAGAAAUCCGCCCUCGUCGAGCCGAACGAGAAGCAGACGUGCGAUAUUCGCCUGAGGGUGCGUGCCGAGUAUUGUCAGCACGAGACGGCACUGGAGGGCAACGUCUUCUCCAACAGGCCGGACCCCCUGGAGCGGCAGUUUGAGCGUUUCUCGCAGGCCAACACCAUCCUGAAAUCGCGGGACCUGGGCUCCAUCAUCUGUGACAUCAAGUUCUCCGAGCUGACCUACCUCGACGCCUUCUGGCGGGACUACAUCAACGGCUCGCUGCUGGAGGCCCUCAAGGGGGUCUUCAUCACUGACUCGUUGAAGCAGGCCGUGGGCCACGAAGCCAUCAAGCUCCUGGUCAACGUGGACGAGGACGACUACGCCGCCGGUCGCCAGAGGCUCCUGCGCAACCUGAUGCACCAGCACGCCCCCUGAAGGCCCCCUGUGCCCACCUGCUGGCGCCCCACCUCCCCCUCCAGGAUCUGCUGUCCCUAGCCGCAGCCCUUGGACAGUCUGUCUCUCCUUCCUCUCCCCUCCUCCAAGGUUCACCUUUCUCCCUCUCUGCCUCUCCCCUUCCGUGAGAAGCCAUUCUCCCCCACUUCCCACCGAGGGUUAUUCCCUUUUCCCUCAAUUGAUGGUCUGUCUCUCUCUCUCUGUCUCUCUGUCUCUUGCUCUUGCGUUUGCUCUCUCUCUCUGUGCCCCUGUCUCUUUG